AUGUUUUUCAAAUCUUUUCUUUGCUCUCUGCUCCUGGCAUCAGGAGCAGUAGCGGCACCGAGUGCCUCGACACCUUCUCUUUCCAAGAGGUGUACGAACAGUGCCGAUGAUCGCACCUGCUGGGGAGACUAUGACAUCUCUACCAACUACUAUGAUGAAGUUCCCGACACGGGUGUUACCCGGGAGUACUGGUGGGACAUUGUCAACACGACCGCUGCCCCUGAUGGUGUCGAGCGGUUCGUCUUGUCGGUCAAUGGAAGCAUACCCGGGCCUACAAUCAUUGCCGAUUGGGGUGACACCGUUGUUGUCCACCUGACCAACUCCAUGGAGAACAAUGGAACUAGCAUUCACUUCCAUGGUAUUAGGCAGAACAUGACCAUUCAGAACGAUGGUGUCUCCAGUGUAACACAAUGCCCAAUUCCUCCUGGGGGUACUUACACCUACACCUGGAGAGCUACUCAGUACGGAUCAAGUUGGUACCACUCUCACUUUGCCGUGCAGGCCUGGGAUGGAAUCUUUGGUGGAAUUCUCAUCAAUGGUCCUGCUACUGCCAACUAUGACGAGGAUCUCGGCAAUCUGUUCCUCAAUGACUGGUACCACUUGGAUGCCGCCACCAUGGCGAUCCGAGCUGAGCAUGGACCUCCCAAGUUGAACAAUGGCCUUAUCAACGGCACCAAUGUCUACGACGACGGUGGAUCCCGCUUCGAGACGACAUUCGAGGCCGGAAAGCGGUACAGACUCCGUCUCGUCAAUGCCGCCGCCGACACCGUGUUCCGUUUCGCCAUUGACAACCACACCCUCGAGGUCAUUGCCGCCGACUUUGUGCCCAUCGUGCCCUACACCACCGACGUGCUCGCCAUCACCAUGGGCCAGCGGUACGACGUCAUCGUCACGGCCAACGCCGCGUCGGGCGAUUACUGGAUGCGGGCCGCCAUCCAAGACACGUGCAGCAACAAUGAAAACUCGGACAAUGUCCGGGGCAUCAUCCGCUACGACAGCAGCUCGACGGCCGAGCCCACCUCGACGGCUUGGGAGGGCGCCAACCCCAACGGCACGUGCUACGACGAGGACAUGUCGAACCUGGUGCCCUACGUGGCCAUCAACCCGUCCGACGCCGACGUGACCGAGGACUUUGACGUCCAGGUGAUACGCGGCAGCUCCAACACGUUCCUGUGGGAAAUGGGUCCGCACACCUUUAUCAACCUUUGGGAGUACCCGUCGCUGCAGCAGAUCAACGAGGGCAACGACACGUGGACCGAGCAGCAGCAGGUCUACUCGGUGCCCGACGCCGACCAGUGGGUCUACUUUAUCAUCCAGGAGCCGUCGAGCGGUGUCCCGCACCCUAUGCACUUGCAUGGUCACGACUUUUGGAUUCUGGGUCAAGGCACUGGAACCUAUGACACCUCGACCGUCAGCUUGAACAUGGUCAACCCUCCCAGACGAGAUGUGGUCCAGCUUCCCGGAAACGGUUUCGUCGUUAUUGCAUUCAAGACUGACAACCCCGGUAUCUGGACUGUACACUGCCACAUUGCCUGGCAUCUCGCAGAAGGCCUCGCCAUCCAGAUUCUAGAGCGCGAGUCUGAAAUCCCCGCGCUCAUUGACACGGAUCUGCUCGACUCGACGUGUGCCGCUUGGGACGCCUACGUGUCGGCCGACAAUAUCGUUCAGACUGACUCGGGUAUAUGA